AACUAGGCGAGCGAUUAGUAGUAUAGAGAAGUAGGGCAAUCCAGAUUUCGCCAUUUUUACUUUUCAGUGAAAGGAGAAUUUAUAAUUGUCAGGCUGGAGGGCGAAGAAUAUUUUGAAAAAAGUGUGUCAUUACAUUUAAUUAUUUAUAGUCAGGACUCUUAUUUGAGAAAAUAUUUAUAUAAUAGUGUGGUUUUGUUUAUUACUAACUUUUGUAUGUAGUGCUACUUCCCCGUACUAAGAUUGCUCUUUGCUGUCGCUUAGCUUAUUCAAUGGCUAUGAUAUCGAAAUUUUAAUCUGGUGAGUCGCUGUGACGUUCUCCGAGGGAUAGUUACAAGAAAGAGACGUGACGCGGUUAGAAAUGAGCAGGCCUCAAGGCGGACGAAUCCAAGUCCCGGAUGACCUUAGAGAGAUCUUACUAGAAUUCACCAUAAGUUAUCUAUUGGAGCAGCCGGGAGACGUUAUCAACUACGCUGUUGAGUUCUUCACAAGGUUACAGAACAAUCGGACCACGACGAUAGUGCGAGGUCCGUCGGCGGGCACUCCCGAUGAAUCCAUAAUAUCAGACGAAGAAGAGCCGCCGGUGGCGCGCUUCAAUAACCGUCGUAAAUCUGUGUUCGCUGAGACUUACGAUCCCGAAGAGGAUGAUUCCGAUGAGGGGGCUCCGGCAGUGUUCCCUAAAUCCGAUGCUCAAAGAGCUCGCCUCGCUGAUGCCGUACGCGGUAUACUACUCUUCCGCUCAUUAGACGCUCAGCAGAUGCAACAAGUUUUGGACGCAAUGUUUGAGAAGCGUUCAGAGCCCGGUGAGUACGUGAUCCGCCAGGGUGAUGAUGGAGAUAACUUCUACGUCAUAGAGAACGGCGUCUUUGAUGUACUGGUCACGGGGGACGAUGGCGUGGAGAAGGUGGUUCAUACGUACGAGGGCUCUGGUUCCUUCGGUGAGCUGGCCCUGAUGUACAACAUGCCCCGGGCGGCGUCCGUGAGGGCCACCUCGCCCGGGGCGCUGUGGGCGAUGGACCGUCACACCUUCCGCCGCAUCCUACUCAAGAGCGCCUUCAAGAAGCGCAAGCUGUACGAGGAGCUGCUCGACAAGGUGCCCAUGCUGAAGGCACUCCAGUCGUAUGAGCGCGCCAAUCUGGCGGACGCCCUACUGCCGCGCACCCUCAUAGACGGGGAGCUGAUCAUCCGCCAAGGAGACACAGCUGACGGGAUGUACUUCGUGGAAGACGGCUCAGUCAGCAUCCGUAUCGCGAGGGAUGAUGGAAACGAGCACGAGAUCAAGAGACUUGGUAAGGGAGGUUACUUCGGCGAGCUGGCACUGGUAACCCAUAAGCCUAGAGCUGCUUCCGCUUACGCUGUUGGACCCACGAAGGUCGCAUUUCUGGACGUAGAGACGUUCGAGCGCCUGCUGGGUCCCUGCAUGGAGAUCAUGAAGCGGAACAUAGACGACUACGAGGAACAGCUCGUCAAGCUGUUCGGAGACAAGAGCAACCUCACCGACGUGCGAUGAACUCGCACCGCCCGCCACCAACCACCUAUCAUCACCACCCCUCCCCGCGACGAAUAGACAUACAACGUGUUCCAUAUUUAAAAUUUGACAACUGCCCAUAUAUUUAUUUGUCCUAUCGUUACCUUUUCUUCUCUAUGAUUUGAUGAUUAUGCCAUAGACAACAGUUUUGUUUAAUUUUUUUUUAAAUACCAUGGGCAGUAAAUGUGACACGAUCAAUGAGCCAUGAUAUCGAAAUGAAAUGAAUCUUUGGAAAUGAAAAACAUCAGCGAAAUUGUGUAAUCAAAAAAAAAAUGGCUUGAUCUCGAAAAUUUAUUUAUAAAAUAUACAAAUAAAGAUCAAAUAUUCUUUCGAAUAUCUCUGAAUAUUUGAUUUUUAAUAAAAAAAAAAACAUAUUUAAAAUAAUUUCUAUAAAUUAGUGCCAUGUUAUUUAACCGUUCUAAGUUAAGAAUACGUUAUAAAGGAGGGGUAGUUGAUAAGUGUCCGAUAGUAUUGCUUUUUAACAAAAAAAAAUACGCUUAUAUUAGAUAGAUGGAAUGCCUUAGUAGCUAUGUAAAACUAGUUUCUUUUAAUAUCAUUGGCUGGUCUAUUCGAGCAUCGAGAGGCAGGAACCUUUACUCACAGUCGAAAAAUACCACCAAUAUUGUUUUAUUGAAGGGUAUUGGAUGUUAGUUGUUUAUUAUUACAUUGCUAAUGAUAUUAAAAGUCUCGCACUAUGUACCAGACGAGGCAUUUAGUCUUUAUACUGUCUUAAUAACUAUACAAGGCAAUACUAUUUGGAACACUUUGUUUAUUAGGCUAAUACACGCUAUCAUCCUUUUUUCUUUCGAAGGUCAUUUCCACACUGUCCUUUAAAUUAUAUAUACCUUAGUACGGUAAAAGUUUUUACGUGAUUCGAUGAAAUCUUGUCACUUGUAUUAAUUUAUUUAAUCCUAAUUAAUGAAUUAUAUUUAUGUAUAUGAGGUUGAAAUCAGUUAGUGAACGCCAAAUCUAUUAGCGAACAGGGAUAUAAUUGGCUUUUGUUAUUCUGUUUGUUUUAUAUGUUUAUGAAAUUCAGUAUUGAGUGUUUAUUUGGAGUUUGUUUUGUUUGUUAUUUGCGAUUUAGCUUUUCUACGUAGAAGCUUUCUGUCCGCCCCGAGUGAGUAUUUCUAUCGAAUAGAUCUGAGGCGAAAAUAACAUUUAUCGCUGUCUUAAAUAGAUGUUAUCGUCCCUUACUUCCAACCUAACAGUUUUUUGUAGGAAUGAUGAUUUGAAUUAUAAUAUUGUGUGUACGCUUCUCAUGAGACCUCAGGUAGCGGCCCAGUAUUAUAACACAGAUGUAAAUCCAGCCAAAGUAGAUGAAUACAUGAUAUCAUUGUAGCACUAUAAUUAAGUCUAUAUGUAGUUGAUAGUUUUUUGUCACUUCUUAUUGUAGUUUAGUAAAUUUAUGGGAGUUUUAAUGAGAAAUCCUGAGGGUGUGGUGUUCAGUCGGGACGCCAUGUACAAAACUUGUACAAAUUGUUUCAGUUGCCAUAGAAGAUUUUAUUAUUUUUAUUUUUAAUGAAAUAUUUAAUUAAUAUGAGAGAUGUUACUUAUUUUGUUUUUGAUUGUUAUAACGCUCACCAUAUAUUACCAUAGUCAUAUCCGUAUUUCGUCCACAGUCAAGCGUUCCUCAAUAGCCUAUACAUUCCCUUAUGAAAUGUUUAUAAAUUAUUUUAUUUAUGUUAUUGCAUUGAAUAUCAUUUUAUAAAGGAAUCAUUUAUUCUGCGAUUGUAAGACUCAAAGUGCCUCUCCGACAACAUCCAAACGACUGUCACUAACAAUGUUCUUAAUUUAAAUUUGAUGUUUUAAGUCACUUAAACUGCCUUCUCUAAUAUGGACUCUUGUAUGUAUAGGUGUGUGUUGUGUGACAUGGAAUGGUACAGCAGUCUUUGAUUUUUUUUUAAACUAUUAGAGAUGUAACAAUUACAGUAGUUGCAUCGAGUUAUGUUGAAAUUUAAAAGAAGUAUAUAUAUAUAUACAAAUGUUUUCCUUAACAAAAAUCAGCCGGACUGAUUAUAGAUUCUUUUAGAACAGAUUUAUUUAUUUAUAAUAAUUAUUAAAAAAAAUUAUACAAAUUGAAAUUGUACCUAUUUAUGCUGAAUUUCUAUGCAGCCAAGUUAUGUUUGUGUGGAAUGUGUGAAUUGUAUGGUUUUCCCUUCUAUGAUACAUAUGAGGUUUUAUAUAACUGUGUAACAUUGUGUCUUGUGUACGGAUCGAGUGCAACAGUACUCUGUGUGUCCCCGAAUAAACGACCCAGUAGUUGUAACAGUAUUGUGCAAUAAUUAUUGUCAUUUUUGUGGUUUUACAUAGAUAUCAUGUUAAAUUUCGUCAAUGUGGAAUUUAUUUAUGUAUUUAAAUUUAUUAGCAUAAGACCUAUCCUCUUUGUCCAUGUAGGACGAUAUAUAGCUGAUAAAGGAAAUAAAUAAUUUUACCUUAAUAAUAUUCUGAGACGUAGCACAAAUGUAUUAUCGUGUAAUUCGUUGUGACACAAAUUCUGUUGUCUUCCACAGGGACGCACAGAAAUCUCCAACAGCUCCGACUAUUGCUAUGGAGUCUUAAAUUCCUAACAUUUAACUGUAAAAUUAUAAAAUUCGAUACGCUUAAACGUAGCGUAAAUCUUUUUAUAAAUUACUAGUCAUCGAUGUCUAACGUAGUUUAUAACCUGACAGCACUAAGUCGAACAUUUCAUAAUCGUGUUACAUGUUAGCGGUAAGUUGUAUCGGUUCCACUAUGAAGCAUAUCAAGCGGUCUGCCGCCUCACGCAUCUUGAUCCUACGACCCUGUAGCCCCAGAACUAGUGCCGCUUAACCACGUCAUGAGCUUACCCUGUACAUUUAAAAAAAAUUAUGUAUCGUAAAAUGUUAGAAAACUGAAUUAUAUUUGUUUGUAGAUCUAUAA